UUAUCCAUAUUAAUUUUGGAGUUUUUUUCACAAGUGUACAAUUCGGCUUAUUAGCAGGAUAUCGGUUUAUAAAAAAGUGGCUAAUACUCAAUUCAGGCCAAUAAUGAUUAUUUUGUUUUUACUAGGUUCACCAAUUAUAGAAUUGUUUCUACACACGGCAGAAUGUCAAACUUUAAAUGCAAAACUAGCGUUACUUUUACAGAGAAACGAUUAAGUUUGUCCAGACGAAUGUCUUUAUACUGCUGAGCAUCCCUAUUUCGAGGAGGACAUGGAGUGUUGCGUGUGUCUUGCACAGCCAAUCUGGAUGUUUAACCACAAAUGUUAGACAGCUUAAAAUUUCGUUUUUAAUGGAUGAUAUUCCAAUCAUUAGUAAUUAUAACGGAAGUGAUAUUGAUUUAUAUAGUGUCACUUACCAAUAUCGUAACAUUACAACAAUACCAAAGGAUUUAUGCAAUAUAAGUAAACUUGUAUUUGUCGAUUUUUCCUACAACUACAUCUCGAAUCUGGACACAAUUUCUUGUAUUAUGGCAUUAGAUACACUGAUUCUCAAAGCAAACAGAGUGACACAUUUGAAAAACGAUAUAUUCAGUGGAAUGCAUUAUCUUAGAGUGGUCGAUUUAUCGUACAACGCGUUGAGAUAUAUCGAGCCAGAACUUUUUCUAAAUAUGGACGGAAGUAUAUUACAUUUUGAUGUCUCGAACAAUCUCUUGGCUAAUAUUGACAUUACCAAUACUGUUAGGGAAAAGCACGACUAUUUUUGUAUUGCAAAUUUCUCCUAUAAUGUGAUCUAUAAGUUGACAAACGUAAUGGGUUGGGUUUGCGAUAAAGACAGAGAUUUGGGACGCGGCGGGUAUGUCGAUUUCACAAACAAUAAUUUUACAUAUUUCUUAAAUGUCGCUGAACUGGGAUUCUAUGAUAUAACAUUGUUAGGAAAAUUGUAUUAUUAUAGCUUUGAUUUUCGUUUUAAUAAUUGGUUUUGUGAUUGUCGAUUUUUUCCAGUUGCUAAUAAAGCGGAUAUUUCUCUUCAAAUUUUAGGAUCGCCACAUCAUGGUAUUAAGUGUGAUUCACCCCCUGAAUAUAAAAACAAAGCAGUUGGUGAAUUUGUAAGGGAGAAAGACCUGUUGAUAUGCAACAUUUCAUUAGCAGAAAAAUGCCCUCCGCAUUGUCGUUGUUUUUAUCAACCAAGCAAAAACAGAACGGUUAUAAACUGUCGGUCGUCAUUGGUUUCACGCAAACUGCCUUUGACUUUACCAGAUUAUGACAAUUUAGUUCUUGACUUUUCUUUAAAUCGUAUAUCUGAUUUACUGGUGCAGUUCCAACGCCUGCUGUCUGUUGAAAGACCGUAUUUAUUGAAAACAAAAGAAAUUAGUUUUGCAUCAAAUGAGAUAAAUAUUGUUCCUGAUAAUAUUUUCGUUGCUUUACAAAAUGUUACAAGAAUAACUUUUACAAACAAUCUUAUUACAAAAAUUCCGGUGUCACUUAAAAAACUUCGCCCAUGCAAUGUUUUAUUUGGAACCAUUAAAAUGAAAUGUGCGUGUAGUGAUAUUUGGCUACAAAAUUGGCUGCCGUCGAUUGGAGAUUGUUAUAAUAAUACGCGCAUAAUGUGCCAGACGUCUUCUGGCUCACGAUCUAUUCUUGAUAUCGAUAAAGAUAUAUUAGGAUGUGACACUGGCGUUGUCGUCAUCAGAUGGAUCACCAUUAUCCUGGGAAUUUGUUUGUGUUGUAUAAUAAUUUCGACUUUUAUUAUCUACAAUUUUCGUAUAGACAUGUACAUACUGCUUAGGACACAUUUUCAACGAUUGAGACAAUCAUCGAUUUCACCGUCAUUUGAUUAUGGAGUAUAUAUAUCAUGCAACGAACAAGAUGAAAAUCUACGCAAAUGGAUUAAACAUACGCUGCUACCCUAUCUUAAAGGAAAGAGACUUAGUGUUUUUCUUCCGUAUCGUGACUGUCAACCCGGUACUCCACGGGAGGAUGAAAUAAGAGAAAUGAUGACAAAAAGCAGGAACAUACUAAUUAUUUUGAGUGAGGUAUAUGAUGAUAUAGCUAAACGUUGGUUAGAGUGCGAGCUGAAAUACUCUUGGCUGAACUAUCGUUGUGACUGGCGUAAGAAUAUAGUAAUUAUCAAUUACGACUUACUUGAAACGAAAAAUAUAUCUGAUGAAUUUGUAAAAGCAUUUUCCCGACUUGGCAAAUGUAUCGAUUUCUCAAACUUCCAAAAUGACAUCGAAGCUAAAAUGUCAUCUGGAUGAAUCAACAGCCAGCAGGCAUAUUCAUCAAUUAUGAGCUUAAGAACAGACGUGGGCGAUUUCGUUCUAAACAUCUUGUGCAGAAAACCUAUUCUUAUAUAUCGCAAGAUUCUUUUUAUUAAACAUGUUUUUAGGGAAAACCUUUGACGAAAAUACAAGUGUACCUUUAUCACUAAAAAUUAUUACAUACUUUUUUACAAACAAUUCACGUUCUACUCAUUGUGUUUGGUCGAAUGCAGAUAUUAAUAUAACAUCAAUAUGGUUAAUUAAGAGAUCUUGUAGGAAACAGUAUUGCUUAAAUCAAAAUGUGCAUUACAAUAUAUCCAAAUGAUGCUAUGUUUGCAAUAUUGCAAUGCUUUUCCAUAUGUUGAAUUUAAUAGAGACAGCAAGUAAA